UGUGAAUUCCAACCUGGAUAGCGGCCAAAACCUUCUUCAGUCAGAAGCCUCUGACCACUUCGCCACGUGACCGCAAUUACGCGCCCUUAUUUCUGCGCGUCAUCAGACCACGUGACCGCCAUUUGAUUCACUGAGGAGUGGGAGUAUAUAGAGGAACACAGGGGUCUGUACAAGGACGUGACGUCACUGGAUGGGGCCAUUAUGAGAAAUACUCCAGAGAGAUGUCCCCGUCCUCUUUAUUCCCAGGACCAUACAGAGGAGAAUCACAGUGUCCCACAGGGGGGUCAGGGCGACAAUAUGACUAAUAUUAAGAUAGAAGAUAUAAAAGAGGAAGAGGAGACGUAUGUGAUGAUAGAUCAGCAGUGUAAGGAGGAGGAAGAAGAGACGUAUGUAGCAGAUGAUCAGCAGUGUAAGGAGGAGGAAGAAGAGACGUAUGUAGCAGAUGAUCAGCAGUGUAAGGAGGAGGAAAUCCCUACAGAUAUCAGCACAGAUGGGGCCAGUAACAGGAAUACCGCAGAGAGAUGUCCCCGUCCUCUAUAUUCCCAGGAUCAUACAGAGGAGAAUCACAGUGUCUCACAGGAGGGUCAGGAUGAAAUCUGUACGAAUAUUAAAGUUGAAGAUAUUAAAGAGGAAGAAGAGAUGUAUGUGAGGGGUGACCAGCUGUGUAAAGAGGAGGAAAUCCCUACAGGCCUUCUUUAUGGAACAUCGUGAACGGAAAGCCCGCCUCCCCACGCUGAAAAUCGUUGUUACCAAGAAAUGUUAAAAAUAAAGACUUGUGUCCCCCCAAAUUCCUUGAACGUCUGAGAAUAUGCCAGAGGCGAUAAACUGACCACAGAAGGGGAUUGUCCUUCAACUCAUGGUCAAAUUCCGCUUCUACACCAUGGAGGAAAUUUAUCAGAUUUUUUGUUUUUACAAAUUGUGCUUCCAAAUGUGUAUUAGCAUAAGUAUCUUGAUCAGUUAACCAGUCUCUUAGAAAUCUCAUUAAAGAAGCCUGGUUAUAAAGUUGAA